AUGGCACUCAUCACCUUUGCAACACUUAUUGGCAAUGUGUCAGUUAUCGCUGCGCUACUCAGAGCUAAAAGAUCUCCUACACACUAUCCACUCAGUAGCCUAGUGGUAGCUGACUUCAUGGUGGGUUUGGUGGUACUGCCUAUCGCUACAGCGAGGGAAUUGUUUGUGUUUCAUUUGCCACGCGCCGUCUGUGUUUUCUGGAGUACAAUGGAUGUGCUAUGCUGUACCGCCUCCAUCUUGUCGCUUUGCGUUCUGGGUUGGGAGCGAUGGUGUGGCAUCACCGCACCCCUGGCACGAGCCAGACGAGCGAAAAAAGCCAGACUGUUAGCCUGCAUUGUCUGGCCUGUAGCCAGUGCCGUGGCCCUACCAACUGCGUUCAUUCCUUCUCCACGACACUUUCAUCCCGGUGAAAUGGCUAAAGCUUGCACUGUUAAUACUAAUAUUGGCUACGUAUUCUUCAGUAUCUCCUUCUCUUUCUACCUCCCGGCUGGAAUGAUGCUUGUGAUGUACGGGUAUAUUUUACGGGCUCUGGCUGCUCCCCCACCUAUUCGUGUGCACAGGGGAAGGUCACCAAAUCAGGAAACGCAGAAUCAAGCACAAAGGAGAUCGAGAGAAGCUACGGAUGCAUCAGAUCAUGCUCCUAAAGACGAUAAAAAAGCGGAUGUUGCUCCAACAUGUACAACACGAAAGGGCAAGAUUCUAAAUAUACCAGGAACUUCAAAGUCCAUAAAGCUACCCUCCCCUUUGAGAUCACCGCGCACUUUAGGCGGCCUAAUGACCCGACAGAGACGCGCAACUCGUACUAUAAUUAUGCUGAUGGCUCUCUUUCUCGUUUGCUGGGCACCGUUUUUCAUCAUGUUACCUUUGGAUUCCGUAUUUGACUGUGUCUGGGAUUCAGCAUGGCAGUGGUGCACCUGGCUCGGUUAUCUCAACUCCGCUUUGAACCCACUCGUCUAUUCAGCUGGCUCACCAACAGUGCGAAAAGCUUUACGUGCUUCAUUCACUACAAAUUCGAGUUCCAGAAACACUCUUCCAAUUGCAUUUUGCGUUCAAGCACCACCAACGGAUGUUUAG